AUGUAUGAAGGUCAAAACACAAUAUUCAGAGGCCAGGUUGCUCCAGAUCAAAAGGGUAUAAAUGAUCCGGAGUUUGGUGCUUAUUGGUAUGGUGAUAAUUCAGGCAAAAAUUUCAAAGGUGAAGAUGCUCCUUCGAACAAAGGUGUAAAUGAUCCAGAGUUUGGUGCUUAUUGGUAUGGUGAUAAUUCAAACAAAGAAUCCAAAGGUGAAGAUGCUCCUACAAACAAAGGUGUAAAUGAUCCAGAGUUUGGUGCUUAUUGGUACGGUGAUAAUUCAGGCAAAGAAUCCAAAAUUGAAAAUACUCCAACCAACAAAGGUGUAAAUGAUCCAGAGUUCGGUGCUUAUUGGUAUGGUGAUUCAAGCAAAGAAUCCAGAGGUGAAAAUGCUCCAUCAAAUAAAGGUCCAAAUGACCCAGAGUUUGGUAAUUAUGCUUAUGAUUCUGAAUAUAAAGGUUCAGUGAAAGAAUCCAAAGGCGUAAAUGAUCCAGAGUCCAGAGGUGAAAAUGCUCCAUCAAAUAAAAAUCCAAAUGAUCCAGAGUUUGGUAAUUAUGCUUAUGAUUCUGAAUAUAAAGGUUCAGUGAAAGAAUCCAAAGGCGUAAAUGAUCCAGAGUCCAGAGGUGAAAAUGCUCCAUCAAAUAAAGGUCCAAAUGACCCAGAGUUUGGUAAUUAUGCUUAUGAUUCUGAAUAUAAAGGUUCAGUGAAAGAAUCCAAAGGUGUAAAUGAUCCAGAGUCCAGAGGUGAAAAUGCUCCAUCAAAUAAAGGUCCAAAUGAUCCAGAGUUUGGUAAUUAUGCUUAUGAUUCUGAAUAUAAAGGUUCAGUGAAAGAAUCCAAAGGAAACAUAAAUUCAUCGGGGAGAAAGAGUAACACUGACAAUACCGCUGUGAAAGAAACUAUCUAUUUCUUUCCAAAGGAUCUUCUCCCUGGUAAGAAGGUGAAUUUACCAAGACUCGUACAGAAAAGGGACAGGGGUACGUUCUUGCCACACCAUAUUGCAGAGUCAAUGCCCUUAUCAAGCGACAAGUUACCAGAAAUUUUGAAGAACUUCUCGCUGAAAACUGAAUCAAGGGAUGCUAAUAAUGUGAAAAUAACAGUUAAGAAUUGUGAGAGGGCAGAAAUGAAAGGAGAAGAAAAAUACUGUGCCACAUCAUUAGAAUCUUUUGUCGACAUGAGUGUUUCAAUGCUUGGAAAAGAAAUCCGGCUGCUAUCAAAUGAGCUUAGAAAAGAAACGAAAAACCCAUUGUUUACAAUUGCUAGGGGAGUGCGAAACAAGGGAGACAACGAUAUAGUGUGCCACAAAAUGAAGUAUCCAUAUGCGGUAUAUUUAUGCCAUUCAAUCAAGAAAACAGCGGUCUAUAAAGUUCCAUUGGUCGGCACAGAUGGGACAAAAGCAAAUGCAGUGGCGGUUUGCCAUAAAGAUACAUCAGCUUGGAGCCCAAACCACAUUGCCUUUAAAGUUCUUAAAGUUAAGCCAGGAACUGUCCCCAUUUGUCAUUUCCUCGGUAGAGAUACCCUCGUCUGGGUUCCCAACUGA